UAUUUUAUUUUUUUUUUCUGUCAUUUCCAUGGGGGCGAUAUGGAAAUGGUUGAUAUUUUCACAAUUUCAAAGCAUGCACAUAGAAAUAUCAACUGUGUAGCCAUAUUUUUUUUUUAAAGAAGAAAAUGGAAUGAAUUUAACUAGAUCAAUACACGAGUAUGUAGCACCGUGCUAUCGUGACUUGAAUGUACCGUGACAUUAAUGCCAUUGAUUUGUGUGUAAGAAUAACCGCUAUACACUAGCAUAUGUGAACACACGCGGAAAGAAAUCAUUGACAAAGCUCGCGUCUUACAAACUUCCUUCUAACGUACUGAAAUAAAGUACAGUAAACUUAGAUGAGUAUGUACUUUACCAUGCACCUCGUGAUAUUAUAAAUCUGAUGUGUAUCUGUUAAUUCUCGGGCCUUCCUAUCGCCGAUCGUUGUGUACUGGAUGCAACUCACUUGUCGAUAUCUUCAGUGGCUAUAUAAAACACGCGUCUGAUCCUAAUGUAAAACUCUCCUAACCAGCCGAUACCACAGCCCUAACCCCGAUCUUUCGGAAGCAUCCGGAAACUUAUCGACCAAUUCCAGAACAACGCUGUGUCCGAACCAUCCAACGAGCAGGAUAUGAGUUCCUGGGGAUACCACAACAAUAACGGACCCAGUACCUGGAGCAAGGGGUUCCCCAUCGCUAAUGGACAACGUCAGUCUCCAAUCGACAUCAGUACCAAGGGGUGCGAGGUCGAUAACCACCUCAGCGCAAAACCAUUCCACGUUAAUUACGCCGUUGAGAAAAACGUUGAGGUCUCCAACACAGGCAGCUCCAUUAAAGUCCAAAUAAGAGAAGUCUCAGAGUUGAGUGGUGGUCCUCUAGAGUCUAAACCAUGGCGCUUGGAGCAGUUCCACCUCCAUUGGGGAUCCACCAAUGACAAGGGUUCAGAACACACCAUCGACGGCAAGACGUACGCUGCCGAGCUCCACUUAGUCCACUGGAACGCCGAGAAGUACUCCAGCUUUGGCGAGGCCGCGGACAAACCAGAUGGUCUGGCCGUCAUCGGCUUCAUGGUCAAGGUAGGGAACGAGCACGCCGGGUUCAAACCGAUCACUGAAGUCUGUAGUAAAAUACAGGAGUGUGGGGGAGUCACUCACCUCGACAAGGACUUCAACCCUUCCUGUAUGCUCGGAAGUCUUGACCACUACUGGACAUAUCUGGGAUCAUUAACCACGCCCCCUCUAUUCGAAAGUGUAACCUGGACGCUUUGCAGUGAUGUCAUAGAAAUUUCUCAGGCUCAGAUGGACGCGCUUAGGUCAUUGAAAUUCAAAGACGGAGAUUGCAUGGUUGACAACUUCCGUCCUCCGGUUCCGCUGUGCGGACGCUGUGUCAGGGCGUCCAAGUGAACGGAAGUCAUUCAUCUACCCAUAGUCCAUAGCGGUUCCUUCAUAAAUUCAUUGAACUUCACAGUUCAGAAAUUGAGGAAUAGAUUUGCUGUUCCAGUACUAUAUAUAGGGCAUACCUACAAAUCAAACGUAUGAUAUGUAUAUACUGUACAUGUAUGCAGUUUUAAGCCAAGGAAUUCAGAGUUUUAUCUUUAUAGUGUUUUUUAGUAAUGUAAUUUUUAACGAAAAAAAUUGUUAUAAGGUAAUUUGAGGUAAAGUAAAUUAUAAGAUCCGUGGACACUAUGUCGAUGAUGUUGUGGAUAUACCUUACGGUACCACAUAAAAGCUUUACUUCGUCGGCAUAUUUGAUAAAGGUUUCUUCAAUUCUAGAACGAAACAUUUCUUGUUUUAGCGAUUUUUAAUUUAUCCUUAUUGACAAAAUAGCGCUAGUAUUUAGGAUAUUGAGCCAUGACGAAGUUCUUAAAAGCCAACUAAGUUUUUUUUAAAAACAGAAUAAUGACAACCGAGAUAUGACCUUUUAAUUUCAUUUCAUUUAUCGAAUCCAUUGCUUCAUCACUUUGUUUUAUCCUUGUAGCAUUUUAUAGUGAUCGAGAAAACCAGAUUUUGAAGUGUUGUUGUCGUAUUUGUUGAUAUUCAGCCCAUGCUGACAGAGCGGUGGCUGUUUGUGCAUUGUCUGUCACUGUUAUUUAUCGAUAUUUUUUACUCGCAAUAGAUUUACUCCAACUGCCUUAACACGCAACAUAGUUUAAGAUAUAGUGCUUUAUUUAUGACGUCAGCAUCCCUUCUGAGGAUUCGUUGGUGCAUGGUGAACAUAAUUUAUAUUGCACACAUGAUGUAAUGCCAAAUAAAUAGAAUUCUGGGUAAAAUUGAUCACAGGUUGUACAUGUAUAUCUUUAUAUGUGCCAUUUCUGUUAACAGUCUUAUGAUAGAGAUUUCCUCAACCAUAGUGCUCAAUAAAAUAAUGUUGAAAUAUGACAAA